GUCGGCUGUCGCCUGGGUGACGGAGGGCGGCGGGCCCGCGACUUCUCUCUCCUGGGAGGCGCCCCGCAGGCAGGUGGAAGUCAUGGACGUAGAUGCAGAAAGAGAAAAAAUAUCAAAGGAGAUCAAGGAGCUGGAAAGGAUCUUAGACCCCAGCUCCUCUAGCAUUCCUAUGGACGUCUCUGGAUCGAGUCUCAAUUCAGAUUCUUCUGAUGAAGAGCUGCUUCCUGCCGAGGACUUGGACAUCGCCAGCCCCCCGAUCUUGGCCGAGGAGAGGUGGGGUGGCGCCAGCAAUGACGAGGAGGACCCCAAGGAUAAAGCCCUCCCUGAGGACCCUGAGACCUGUCUUCAGCUGAACAUGGUCUAUCAGGAGGUUAUCCAGGAGAAGCUGAAUGAGGUCAGCCUGCUGCUGGCCCAGAACCGGGAGCAGCAGGAUGAGAUGCUGUGGGGCCUGUCUGGGUCCCAAGGCCCCCGAGCAAAGGACAGCAAGGGUCUGCCCCCACAUAUGUACAUCGGGCACUUCAUGAAGCCGUACUUCAAGGACAAGGUCACCGGAGUGGGACCUCCUGCUAACGAAGACACACGGGAAAAGGCUGCCCAGGGAAUCAAGGCUUUUGAGGAGCUCCUGGUGACCAAGUGGAAGCACUGGGAGAAGGCCUUGCUCAGGAAGUCUGUGGUGAGCGACCGGCUCCAGCGCCUGCUCCAGCCCAAGCUGCUGAAGCUCGAGUACCUGCGUCAGAAGCAGAGCCGGGUCUCCAGUGAGCCAGAGAGGCAGGCCCUGGAGGAGCAGGCCAGGUGUGCGGAGCAGGAGAUCCAGGAUAUCAACCAGCUCCCGGAGGAGGCCCUGCUGGGGAGCAGAAUGGACAGCCAUGACUGGGAGAAGAUUUCCAAAGUCAACUUUGAAGGCAGCCGCAGCGCAGAGGAGAUCCAGAAGUUCUGGCAGAGCUCUGAGCACCCCAGUAUCAACAAGCAAGAGUGGAGCGCGGAGGAGGUGGAGCGGCUGAGGGCUGUCGCUGCCGCCCACGGCCACCUCCAGUGGCAGCUGGUUUCCGAGGAGCUGGGGACCGGCCGCAGUGCCUUCCAGUGCCUGCAGAAGUUCCAGCAGCACAACAGGGCCCUGAAGCGCAGGGCGUGGACUGAGGAAGAGGACCGCAUGCUCACGCAGCUGGUGCAGCAGAUGCGCGUGGGGAGCCACGUCCCUUACCGCAGGAUUGUCUACUACAUGGAAGGGCGAGACUCCAUGCAGCUAAUCUACCGGUGGACCAAGAGCUUGGACCCUAACCUGAAGAAGGGCUUCUGGGCCCCAGACGAAGACGCUAAACUGCUGCGAGCUGUUGCCAAGUAUGGGGAGCAGGACUGGUUUAAGAUCCGGGAAGAGGUGCCCGGCAGGAGCGAUGCUCAGUGCAGAGAUCGAUAUCUCAGAAGAUUACAUGUCAGCCUGAAGAAGGGGCGGUGGACCGCAGAAGAAGAGGAACAGCUGCUGGAGCUCAUAGGCAAGCACGGCGUUGGUCACUGGGCAAGAAUUGCCUCAGAGCUCCCCAACCGGUCUGGCUCCCAGUGUCUGAGCAAGUGGAAGAUUAUGGCAAGGAAGAAGCAGAGGGUGCGAAGGCGGCGGAGGCCACACGCGAGGGUCCGGUGGAGCUCCAGCAGCAGUAGCGGCAGCAGUGGGGACAGCGAGGGUGGCAGCUGCAGCAGCAGCAGCAGCAGCAGCAGCAGCAGCAGUGAGGACCCCGAGGAGGAGGUGGAGGAGCCCCAGCAGGUGGGCAGCACGCUGCUGACCCCGCAGUACACGGUGCCCGACAUGGGCCUGUGGGUUCCUGCCCGACAGAGCGCUGCCCAGAGGCCUGAGGAGAUGAGACAGGCGCAGGCCUCCCGCGCCGCAGACACACAGCACACAGGCCUGGAGGAGCCGGCCCAUCAGACAGAAAGGCUGAGGCAGCCAGCGCAGCCUGCCUCAGCCCCCGGAUCUGGCCCUGGGGACAGUGAGGAUGGACCCCACCUGCGGCAGCUGUGGCAUAGAACCUUCCAGAACAGGCGCCAACGCCGCAGGCGCGUUCUGCACCGGCGGCUCCUGGAGCGCAGGCUGCUGUUGGCUGUGACACCCUGGGUGGGCGACCCCAUCCCGCCCUGCACACAGGCUCCCCAGAAGCCUGUGGGGAUGCGGACUCGAGCUGAUGGGAUCGGGAUGCGGCUGGAGCAGGCCCACUUGGCCAGCACCCCCGUGUUCACGCUGUGCAUGCAGCUGCUGCAGAUCGAUGCUGCCGGCUGCAUGGAGGUUGUUCGGGAGCGGAAGGCCCAGCUGCCCCCGCCUGGCCCCCAGGCCCCACCACCACAUCUGCAGGUCCCCUCUGGAGCCCCAACCCUCCCAGGCUGCCACCCUCAACACCAGUCAGCUCGGGACGCCGCAGGGAGCACAGAGCCGAAAUCCUGCCAGGCCAAGGCUGCCUCAGCCCCAGCCCCUGCUCUGGCCUCUCAGGGCCCCCGACCGAGGCCCAAGACCGUGUCGCAGCUUCUGCGGGAGAAGCGGCUCCAUGAGGCCCCUGCUGGGAAGGCAGCCCUGGGCCCUGUGGCUCUCGCCCCGCGGCUGCUGAUCUCACCUGUGGUCCUCCAGCAGCCCCUCUCACCAGCCCCCCAAGGUCCUCCAGUGGUGGGUCCUGCCCACUCCAGUCCAGGACUCUCGGGACCCAUGGUCCCCACAGUGGCUGGCCAGGCAGGGGCUUCGGGCAAGGACAAGGCCCAGUGCCUGUCUGCAUCCCAGACCCCACAACUUGCCCCGGCCCGGGGCUCUGGCCAGGCUCCUACAGGCUGCCCUUUGAGCAGUCUGGGACAGUCACAGGCUCCUGCCACAAUGCGGAAGCAAAGCCUGCCUGAGGUGCCAACCUUCCUGCCCGCAGCCCCCAGCCCUGCCCCACCACCAACACAGCCCCUCGGCCUGACUCCUGCCCUGGCCACCAGCGUCCCCUUGCCUGUCACCUGGGUGCUCACAGCGCAGGGGCUGCUCACGGUGCAGGUACCAGCUGUGCUGAGUCUCCCCACUCAAGAGCUGCUCAACCCUCCCAAGUCACCAGUGCCAGUGCCGCCUCCUCUCACCGCGACUCCUCCCCCCUGCCAGCCCCCAGCCAGCGUGAACACAGAGCUGGCUCCUGUGACCAGAACAGACCCCUCAGAUCUCCCAGCAUGCUGCCCACCACAUUCUGCAGAAGCCCAUGGUGGAGAGACCCAGGAGGCCAGACAGGCUUCAGUGCCCAGGACAGCCUCCCUGGCCGACAGCCCUGAUACAGGGCCCCUGCAGCCCAGCCAACUGCCUGCCCGUGGUGUGCCUAGCCCCAGGAAUGAUCCAGGAGGGACAGCAGCACCCAGCACGCCCCUGGACCCGGAGAGGCCACCCCCAUCAGGGCCUGAGAAGAGGGCCCUGGACCUGGGCCUGCUUUGCCUGGAGAGUGAGGUGGCCACGUGGGAGUGGCUGCGGGGCCGGCGGGGGGUGUGCGUGCCCCCCCUGCAGGCCAGGCUGCCCUACCAACCCCCUGCCCUGUGCAGCCUGCGGGCCCUGUCCAGCCUCCUGCUCCACAGGGAGGUCCUGGAGCACAAGGCUGCCUCACUGGUGGCUGACAAGGUGGCCAGGCCCAGAGCCUGGCAGACCUCCGUGGAGCUGGUACAGAGGCAGCUGCAGGACAACCCAGCCUACCUCUUGUUGAAGGCCCGGUUCCUGGCAAUCUUCACACUCCCUGCGCUCCUGGCUACCCUGCCCCCCAAUGGUGUCCCUACUACCUUCUCGGCAACUCUGAGACCAGGCCCCAAGACCAUGGACAAGGACCUGUCAAGCGAGCUGGAGUCUGAGGAUGGGGACAGGGACGAAUGGCUGGGCUGCACAGCCCAUGGCACCCAGGCUGAGCCAGGGCCUGAGAGCUCCAUGCAGGGAAUCCCAGCCUCUGGCAAGGACUUGGUCUCCUAUCCAGAUGCCGCUGAUGACCUGGAUGUGCUCAGGACCCGGCACGGCCGCCACACCCGGAAGUGGAGGCAGCAGCUGUGAGCCACAAGUGAGGUCCCUGGAGGCAGCCUGCACCGAGGAAGAGGCGUGCCCGGAGUGUGGGCAGCGGGGUUCAGUGGACAGCUGGGCCAGCCUCUCCUGCAUCCUCCCCACCAGCCUCCUGCGCCACCUCCUGCUGGCCCCGUGGCCUCUGGGCCUUUGCCAGUGUCCCCUCUGCCCAGCACUGCUCCUCUUGCUGUGAGACCCCUCCCCUCUCUUCCCGGGUUCUCGGCGUCUCCGAAUCGUGCCCCUGGCCGUUCUCUGAAGGCAGCACUGUUAGCCAGGCAUCAGUUUUGAUACCCUGAUGGCGUCUGCCUACCACAUACGCAAUCUGCACUGUCCCUCUGUGACCACGAAAGCACAGAGCACUUUGCUGUCGGUAGGACCCAGGACUGCUUGGUAGGCACCUGGGGAUUCCGAGCACAUCCUGGUGAGACCAGAGAGGCGGCAGGUGAUGCCUGGAGUAGGCAGAGCCAGGAGAGCUGGCAGGACCCCAGGGGCGCCCAGGAGGUUGCGGCAGCCGGAAAGCACAGCUGGCCAGGGCAUCGGGGGUGCAUGGGGCCUGCUGGAGUCAGGGCGCUCCUCCAUUUCAGGACGAGUCCUCCUGGGGCCCAGAAUCCCCUGCCUACCACCAGCAGAGAAAAGGCAGAGGACACUGCCAGAGGCCAGAAGCUGCUGGCCAAGACUGACCUAUUCACCUGGUGACCAGGCCAUCACAGCUGAGCCUUAUGGGAAUCUGGGUUUUUGAAAGAACAGAUUA